UGUAAGUUCUCAGGGCAGUAAAAUCUUCCCUGUGUAAUUUAAUAUUUGAUAUAAUCAGAUUAUUCUGACCAGUUCAUUUGAACACUGUUGAACAAAAUUAAGCUUCUCUCUCCCCCUCCCUUCCUCUCUCUCUCACAGGUAUACUUCCUGUUCUUUGUGUAGCAGCAGUUUUUUACUUUCACUUUGUCUUGUUGUGACGCAGAUGUUUGCUCCAAGUUAAACAUCUGCAGGUGUGGACUCUGCUAUGAGUCAGUGUGAGGACAGAGAGGAGGGAGCCCCUCCCUCUAAAACCACUCUGUGUGGGGACCAUGACAGCCAGACCAAAGCUCAGAGUAUCAGGAUGCAGCAACAGAAACCAGGACCUGAACCCAGCUGUGUGUCCAUGAAGAGUGACCGGUCUAUGGAUCGUCUUAUUGAGUUUAAAGAUGGACAAGCUGUUGAUGAAAGUCUGCAGCAAAGACCUGAACCAGGACCUGAACCCAGCUGUGUGUCCAUGAAGAGUGACCGGUCUAUGGGUCAUCUUAUUCAGUUUAAAGAUGAACAAGCUGCUGAUGGAAGGAUGCAGAAACCGGGACCUGAACCCAGCUGUGUGUCCAUGAAGAGUGACUGGUCUGUGGAUCGUCCUAUUGACUUUAAAGAUGGACAAGCUGUUGAUGAAAGAGUUCACCAGGAGAGCUCAGAGGGCCUCGGUGGUCAGUCUGAUCUGCAGCAGCAAAUAGACCUGGACUCCAUAUUUAUGCUGUUGGAGGAAAGCAUCGUCACUAUUGUAAAGAACGAGCUGAAGAAAUUUCAGAAGGUUUUGACUCCAGAUUACCCAGAAUGCUUGGAGAGUCAGAGGGAGGAUGAUAAGGUUUUGGAUGGUGAGGAUGAGGACGAAGAGGAGAGGAGGAGCAGCAGAGAGGCAUUUCUGAAGAUCACACUUCACUUCUUGAGGAGAAUGAAGCUGGAGGAACUGGCUGAUCGUCUGCAGAGCAGGAGUAAUUUUGGAAUUUGUCAUCGUAAACUCAAGUCUAACCAGAAGAAAAAGUUCCAGUGUGUGUUUGAGGGGAUUGCUAAAGCAGGAAACCCAACCCUUCUGAAUCAGAUGUUUACAGAGAUCUACAUCAUGGAGGGAGGGACUGCAGAGGUCAAUGAUGAACAUGAGGUCAGACAGAUUGAAACAGCUUCCAGAAAACCAGACAGGCCAGAAACAACAAUCAGAUGUGAAGACAUCUUUAAAGCCCCACCUGGAAAAGAUGAACCAAUCAGAACCGUGAUGACAAAGGGAGUGGCUGGCAUUGGGAAAACAGUCUUAACACAGAAGGUCACUCUGGACUGGGCUGAAGGCAAAGCCAACCAGGACAUCCAGUUAACAUUUCCCUUCACUUUCAGAGAGCUGAAUGUGCUGAAGGAGAAAAGGUACAGCUUGGUGGAACUUGUUCAUCACUUCUUCAGUGAAACCAAAGAAGCAGGAAUCUGCAGGUUUGAAGAGUUCCAGGUUGUGUUCAUCUUUGAUGGUCUGGAUGAGUGUCGACUUCCUCUAGACUUCCACAACACUGAGGUCCUGACUGAUGUUACAGAGUCCACCUCAGUGGAUGUGCUGCUGACAAACCUCAUCAGGGGGAAAAUGCUUCCCUCUGCUCGCCUCUGGAUAACCACACGACCUGCAGCAGCCAAUCAGAUCCCUGCUGAGUAUGUUGACAUGGUGACAGAGAUCAGAGGGUUCACUGACCCACAGAAGGAGGAGUACUUCAGGAAGCGUUUCAGAGAUGAAGAGCAGGCAAGCAGAAUCAUCUCCCACAUCAAGACAUCACGAAGUCUUCACAUCAUGUGUCACAUCCCAGUCUUCUGCUGGAUCACUGCUACAGUUCUGGAGAAGGUGUUGAAGACCAGAGAGAGAGGAGAGCUGCCCAAGACCCUGACUGAGAUGUACAUCCACUUCCUGGUGGUUCAGUCCAAACUUAAGAACGUCAAGUAUCAUGGAGGUGCUGAGACAGAUCCACACUGGAGUCCAGAGACCAGGAAGAUGAUUGAGUCUCUGGGAAAACUGGCUUUUGAGCAGCUACAGAAAGGUAACCUGAUCUUCUAUGAAUCAGACCUGACAGAGUGUGGCAUCAAUAUCAGAGCAGCCUCACUGUACUCAGGAGUGUUCACACAGAUCUUUAAAGAGGAGACAGGACUGUACCAGGACAAGGUGUUCUGCUUCAUCCAUCUGAGUGUUCAGGAGUUUCUGGCUGCUCUUCAUGUCCAUCUGACGUUCCUCAACUCUGGAGUCAACCUGCUAGCAGAAGAACAAUCAACAUCGUGGUGGUCUGAAGUGUUCAGAAACAAAUCGACAUGUUUCUACCAGAGUGCUGUGGACAAGGCCUUACAGAGUCCAAAUGGACACCUGGACUUGUUCCUCCGCUUCCUCCUGGGUCUUUCACUGCAGACCAAUCAGACUCUUCUACGAGGUCUGAUGACACAGAGCGGAAGUAGCUCACAGACCAAUCAGAAAACUGUUGAGUACAUCAAGACGAAGAUCAGUGAGAACCUGUCUGCAGAGAGAAGCAUAAAUCUGUUCCACUGUCUGAAUGAACUGAAUGAACAUUCUCUAGUGGAGGAGAUCCAACAGUCCCUGAGUUCAGGAAGUCUCUCCACAGAUAAACUGUCUCCUGCUCAGUGGUCAGCUCUGGUCUUCAUCUUACUGUCAUCAGAAAAAGAUCUGGACAUGUUUGACCUGAAGAAAUACUCUGCUUCAGAGGAGGCUCUUCUGAGGCUGCUGCCAGUGGUCGAAGCCUCCAACAAAGCUCUAUUAAGUGGCUGUAACCUGUCAGAGAGAAGCUGUGAAGCUCUGUCCUCAGUUCUCAGCUCCCAGUUCUCUAGUCUGAGAGAGCUGGACCUGAGUAACAACAACCUGCAGGAUUCAGGAGUGGAGCUGGUGUCUGCUGGAUUGAAGAGUCCACACUGCAGACUGGAAUCUCUCAGACUGAGUGGCUGUAACCUGGCAGAGAGAAGCUGUGAAGCUCUGUCCUCAGUUCUCAGCUCCCAGUCCUCUAGUCUGAGAGAGCUGGACCUGAGUAACAACAAGCUGCAGGAUUCAGGAGUCAAGCUGGUGUCGGCUGGACUGAAGAGUCCACACUGCAGACUGGAAUCUCUCAGACUGAGUGGCUGUAACCUUUCAGAGAGAAGCUGUGAAGCUCUGUCUUCAGUUCUCAGCUCCCAGUCCUCUAGUCUGAGAGAGCUGGACCUGAGUAACAACGACCUGCAGGAUUCAGGAGUCAAGCUGGUGUCGCCUGGACUAAAGAGUCCAGCCUGCAGACUCAAAUCUCUCAGACUGAGUGGCUGUAACCUGGCAGAGAGAAGCUGUGAAGCUCUGUCUUCAGUUCUCAGCUCCCAGUCCUCUAGUCUGAGAGAGCUGGACCUGAGUAACAACAAGCUGCAGGAUUCAGGAGUGAAGCAUCUGUCCUCUGGACUGAAGAGUCCACAAUGCAGAUUGAAAACUCUCUGGUUGAUUGGCUGUAACCUGUCAGGGAGAAGAUAUGAAGCUCUGUCUUCAGUUCUCAGCUCCCAGUCCUCUAGUCUGAGAGAGCUGGACCUGAGUAACAACAAGCUGCAGGAUUCAGGAGUGAAGCUGUCGGCUGGACUGAAGAGUCCACACUGCAGACUGGAAUCUCUCAGACUGAGUGGCUGUAACCUGGAAGAGAGAAGCUGGGAAGCUCUGUCUUCAGUCCUCAGCUCCCAGUCCUCUUGUCUGAGAGAGCUGGACCUGAGUAACAACGACCUGCAGGGUUCAGGAGUGAAGCAUCUGUCCUCUGGACUGAAGAGUCCACACUGCAGACUUGAAACACUCAGGUUGAUUGGUUGUAAUCUGUCAGAGAGAAGCUGUGAAGCUCUGUCCUCAGUUCUCAGCUCCAAGUCCUCUAGUCUGAGAGAGCUGGACCUGAGUAACAAUGACUUGCAGGAUUCAGGAGUGGAGCUGGUGUCUCCUGGACUGAAGAGUCCACACUGCAGACUGGAAACUCUCAGUCUCUCAGGCUGUCUGAUUUCAGAGGAUGGCUGUACUUCUCUGGCCUCAGCUCUGAGCUCCAACCCUUCCCAUCUGAGAGAGCUGGACCUGAGCUACAAUUAUCCAGGAGACUCAAGAGUGAAGCUGCUUUCUACUUUACUGCAGGAUCCAAGCUGGAGACUGGACACUCUCAGGGUGGACCAUGGUGGACCAAAGAGACUGAGACCUGGUGUGAGGAAGUAUGUCUGUGAACUGGAACUGGACACAAACACAGUGAACAGAUUCCUCAAACUGUCUGACAACAACAGUAAGGUGACAGGUGUGGAGGAGGAUCAGCCAUAUCCUGAUCAUCCAGACAGAUUUGACCGCUGGGCUCAGCUGCUGUGUAGAAAUGGUCUGACUGGUCGCUGUUACUGGGAGGUCGAGAGGAGAGGAAAGGUUCAUAUAUCAGUGAGUUACAGAGGAAUCAGAAGGAAAGGAAACAGUGAUGACUGUAGGUUUGGAAAGAAUGAUCAGUCCUGGAGUCUGCAGUGCUCUGAUGAACGUGGUUACUCUGUCUGGCACAAUAAGAGAAGAAGACGCAUCUCCUCCCCCUCCUCUUCUGACAGAGUAGCAGUGUAUGUGGACAUUCCUGCUGGCAUUCUGUCCUUCUACACAGUCUCCUCUGACUCACUGAUCCACCUCCACACCCUCAACACAACAUUCACUCAACCUCUUUAUCCUGGGUUUUCUGUCUGGCCUGCUGGUUCCUCAGUGUCUCUGAGUCCUCUGCAGGACUGAGAGUCUCUCCUGUGGAGAGAAACACUGACUGAAGAUCAGCUGCUGAAAUCAAAGUUCAGUCUGUUUACCAUCACACACACUCUGCACUGUGAAGCAGAUCUGAGACUCAAACACAGAAACAUUCAUCUGAUUUCAUCUCUGGGAUUAUCAACAUUUGAACUGUUGGACUAAAAACACUUCAUGAUAUGGAACAUCUAAAGAAUCAACUGUUAAUGGUUACUAUUAUGUCCUUUAUAUUUUGAAUCAUACUGUAAUAUAUUUAAAAUUUGGAAAACAAAUGUUUCUAUAACCAAUCAUCAUAUAGUCUAAUGUUUCUAAAUGCUUUUAAUAAAAUCUAUACGUUUCAUCUUGA